AUGCCGGCCGGAUGGGCUGCAAUGCUGCGCAAGGCGGGCAUAUCCAUGCGCGAUCAGCAGCAACACAUGGAGGUUAUUUGGAACGCGCUAGAAAUCUGCACCACCAACAAGUCCACUGGGACGGUCAAGUACAUGAAUGACCUCUCCAUCAAUUCCAGUCCGUCGUCGACGCCAACACGAGCAGGUAUGGAUAACGGGGUUUUCGUGAGUGAAGUCUACCGACGCAGCGCCAGCAGUGGUCGCGGAAGCAGUGAGGAUAGCAGUGCCACCUGUGGCAGCAGUUUUGGCGGUGUCGGUGGUGGUAGCACCGAAGAGUGCCUCUUCAAACAUCUCUUCCAGCCGCCGGCCAACGGGUGUGCUAUCGAUCGACCGGACGAGGUGCCACACGCCUCCACUCUCCCACGUCGCCGUGGGACGUCCACGUCCGCACUUCCACCGACGGCCUCGGACAGCAGUAGCAGUGGUGGUGGCGGUAGUAGUAGCAGCAACAUUAGUACGAACAACCGACCGCGUCUUCCCCCCUCUACAGCCCCACUACCCCUCCUCCUUCAACCGCCCUCACCUCAGACCACCCGUCGUCGCUUUCCCGCACCUCUCCCUACCGCCACCCGGCGUGGCAGUCCCCCUAUCCAACGACCUCCGCCUGUAGCGUCUCGACCCGAGCAGACAAAAUCCAUUUACACUAUCCCCAUCGAUGCCCCGGAUGCAACGCCCAAGCUGCAGCAUCAAAAUAAUCCCAAUUGCUCCAGCGAGCAGAAGCCCACACGAUCCUCCCCACAUCCGAUGCCCCGUGUCACAACGGCGAGUGUGGACGCCAGCUGUGGUGGUAGUGAUGGCCAAUUCUCCACCCCUUCCUCCCCUCCUACCAAGGUCGCCACGGCUCCCGCUGACCUAACUUCCGGCAAACAGGAAUAUCAUCAUAACAACAAGAGCCAUCACAACCACCAUCAUCAUAACCAUGACGGCGACCACAAUGCCAUUUUGGCCAAAAUGAAGUCCAAAAUGACCGACGAGGAGGUGUAUGCUCACCUCAGACUCCUGGUUAGUGAAGGCAGUCCCGCAGACAAAUAUCGCAAACUGGAAAAGAUUGGACAGGGACGUCUUCAGUACAGACGCAAUUCCUUUCUGGUGAUUCUCCAAAUGACAAGCGCGACGGGAAUAGUGAGUCUGGGUGUUGAGACCGCCACGGGUCGACGCGUGGCCAUCAAGCAGAUGAACCUAAAGCUACAGCCCAAGAAGGAGUUGAUUGUGAAUGAGAUCUUCGUGAUGAAGGGCAAUAAACACGUUAACGUGGUCAACUACCUUGACUCUUAUCUGGUGGAGGCGGAUGAACUGUGGGUUGUCAUGGAAUACCUGGAUGGAGGCUCGCUAACCGAAGUGGUUACUGAGACUCUCAUGGAUGAGGGACAAAUUUCUACGGUUUGUAGAGAGUGUCUGCAAGCAUUGGAGUUCCUGCACGGGAACAACGUGAUCCACCGCGACAUCAAGUCGGACAACAUCCUCCUGGGUCUGGACGGCUCGGUGAAGCUGACGGACUUUGGGUUCUGCGCACAGCUCUCGGCAGAGCAGAAUAAGCGCUCAACCAUAGUGGGCACACCCUACUGGAUGGCACCCGAGGUGGUAUCGCGGAAGCAGUACGGUCCCAAGGUGGAUGUCUGGUCGUUAGGCAUCAUGGCGCUGGAGAUGAUCACUGGGGAACCGCCCUAUCUCAAUGAGAUCCCACUAAAGACAUGCGACGGGCCGCCGAAUGCUAUGGUUGAAGGUGGAGCAAGCAAUUGCGAUAUUAGUUGCUGUUACAAGGAUGAGGAUGGCGUAGUCACCGAUUCGUACACAUGGAGCAUGCCAUCUGGAGUUAGGGGAGUGAGGGGUGGAGGACAACCACGUGGAUUAAGGUUUCUUUCUGCAGCGCUCCAAGAUACGGCUUCUUCUACUAGGGUGGACAAAAGCGUUUCUCUAUCUGCCGCUGUGGCUACGCUGUUUUCUGAAGUCAGCGUCUCAACGGCCCAUCCAGAAGGUAGUGGCAAUGACAAAUCGACUGCGUCAAGGCGUCCAGAACUGUCAUCUCCUGAUGUGGUGACGAGUACCUCUGAAGCCAUGAAGUCUGGUGCAAAAAAGUCCGCAGCACAAGAACUUUACACAAGCAGGAGGAAAUAUGGAAACCAGGAAGAUUUCGUGUGCAAGAGAAUCGCUGUCUUUAGGGGGGGAGAAGAAAAGUGA